CACGCACGUUCGCUCACUAGACUCCCAACGUGACGUAUACACUUGCGCCCGGUUAGCUAGCUUCUUAGCUAGUUAGCUAGUUGUUGUAACUAGGGAGAUAACAGCGGACACCGGAGUCGGUUAACGCUAGCUGUCGGCUUCGGUCAUGGAUGACGAAACCCACCCCAAAACCCUGUACGUGGGAAACCUCUCCAGGGAUGUCACAGAAAUUUUGAUUCUGCAACUCUUCACCCAGAUUGGACCUUGUAAAAGCUGUAAAAUGAUCACGGAGCAUACAAGCAAUGACCCAUAUUGCUUUGUGGAGUUCUUCGAACACAGAGAUGCUGCUGCAGCCCUUGCAGCCAUGAACGGGAGGAAGAUAUUAGGAAAGGAGGUCAAAGUAAACUGGGCCACCACUCCUAGUAGCCAGAAGAAAGACACAUCCAAUCACUUCCAUGUUUUUGUGGGAGAUUUGAGCCCUGAGAUCACCACCGAGGAUGUCAAGGCUGCAUUCGCACCUUUUGGGAAAAUCUCGGACGCCCGUGUUGUGAAGGACAUGACGACAGGCAAAUCAAAGGGGUAUGGAUUUGUGUCCUUCUACAACAAACUGGAUGCAGAGAAUGCCAUCAUUAACAUGGGGGGACAGUGGCUUGGAGGACGCCAAAUCAGGACCAACUGGGCAACACGCAAACCACCUGCUCCAAAGAGUGUCCAGGACAAUGGUUCAAAGCAGCUGAGGUUCGAUGACGUAAUGACUCAGUCCAGUCCACAGAACUGCACCGUGUACUGUGGAGGGAUCCAGUCAGGACUAUCAGAGCACCUAAUGCGACAGACCUUCUCGCCGUUUGGUCAAAUAAUGGAAGUCAGAGUUUUCCCAGAGAAAGGAUACUCUUUCAUCAGGUUUUCCUCCCAUGAUAGUGCUGCCCAUGCCAUCGUUUCAGUAAAUGGCACAGCCAUCGAAGGACACAUAGUGAAGUGCUUCUGGGGCAAAGAAUCUCCUGACAUGGCAAAAAAUACACAGCAGGUUGAGUACAGUCAGUGGGGUCAGUGGAACCAAGUCUAUGGGAAUCCGCAGCAGCAGCAGCCGCAGCAGCAACAGCAGCAGCAGUAUGGGCAAUAUGUGACCAAUGGGUGGCAAGUUCCCUCCUACAGCAUGUACGGCCAGACGUGGAACCAGCAAGGAUUUGGAGUAGAGCAGUCCCAGUCACCAGCCUGGGUGGGAGGCUUUGGAUCUCAGUCAGCCCAGGCCGCCGCCGCCGCAGCCCAGCCCGGUCAAGUCAUGUCCAACCUGGCCAACUUCAGCAUGGCUGGCUACCAAACACAGUGAGCUGGCCCUAACCUAAGUGUAAUACCAAGAGGAUUUCUUUCAACCCUUUUAGACCACACAGCACUCUUACAUCUGAACAGCCGCUGUGGUAAAAUAGGGACAGGGGCCAUAUUCACAAAGCCUUUGUAGCUGAUAGUUGCUCCUAAACAACCAGUUUAACAAUUCUGUUUUAAAUGACAAUGUCCAUUUCACUUAGAACUUUUUAAAAGUUUAUUUGAUGUAAAUUCAUAGUUUUGUUAUGGAGAAGUGCUCUUGGGCUUUUGAAGUAAAGCCAAACCAGCUGUCUUUGUCUGAGUAGAUGUUAAAGGAAACACCAACCUUUUGAUUGUUUGGCCCAAUGAAAACAUUACUCAGUGUAUGACAAAGAGGAUUUAGUGUUUGCAUGCUUACUGGACAGCUUUUGUAACAGACACACAGACCGUUUGAUGCCUCUUAUCUCACACUGAGUAAGUUGAGAAAUGGGCCGAACUAUCAAAAAGUCAAUAUAGUCCUCCAAGACUAAUUGUUACCCUCUCAUAUUCAAAGUUUGAGCAAAAAUGUGUCGGAGAAACUGAACAGCCACGAUAUUUCAGUGGAGCUAAAAGCACACUUAAUAUAAGCCAUCACAUUACUCCAGCUGCUCACUGGAGCAUUACAAGGAUUAAGAUACUUGGAAACCUCAAGCUUUAUAACAUUAAUAUUGAAUUAUCAAACUAUAGCAAUAUCCACUCUCAGUUUGCCAAUAUAUCUUUUUUAGUAUUUCAGUGUUUGUUACAGACUUGUCAACAUGUUUAUUUACUUUUCAUAUUUGGGGCAUUUUUCUGUUAUUUUACACAACAGAAUACAAAACUCCGCUCAAGUCUUCAUGCAUCAAUUAAGUUCAUUCUUGUGAUAUAGGUCAGUUUUUAAAAUGAUGAUGAUGUCAUCAGUGCUGACAGCUGUACAGAUUGCCCACCAUGAAUUUGUGUUACAAACUGCACUGAGCCACAAGAAUGAACCAACCUGCUGGAAGUUGGUCUGGGCUUCGCUUCAGCUCAUAGCUCAAAAUUCAGUCCUAUUUUGAUAUAUUAAUGAAAAAUGCUUUGUGAAUAGAGGCCCUGGAUCGGUAGUUUACCUUUCCAGUAUAUGUGAAGAAACUAUUUGUAUAAACAACUGUGGCUGUAAAGGAGAUUUAAAUGGGAUGUGGUAUCUCUUGAGUAAUUUUGUGUACAAAGAAAAAUUUCACCUACUCAAAUCUAAAAGCAAAAAAAAAGAUUUGUUUUUUCAUGUUUUGUAUCAGAGUGAUCAGCAUGUUCUUUGCAGACUUUUGAUGGAUUUUAGUUUAUACCUUAAUGUAGCCUAGAUUGGAUUAAUUUAUAAUCCUGUGUCUCAAAGUAAAGGCUAUAGCACAUGCUCACGAUAUAAAGAGAAUAUUGGUUUCCUGGAAAGAUUCUGAAUCUUAACUACUUUUUUCCUUUCUCUCGAUAACCUCAGUUAGUUUAUAGUCAGUCUUUCUAAUGACUAUAAGACUUUUUAUGAAGAACAGAGUUUAUUUAGCACCAAAACCAGGCCCUAAUGAUAUUGCAUUACGUUUUGCGGCAUUCAAAAUGCUGCUCUUUAGUCACGUAUGUAAAGACAAAUUGUCCAAUGAAUAAGACUUAAGUUACUAAAAACUGAGAUGGUUUUAUUUUGUGAAAUUGAAAAGUUUCCUAAACAAAUGACAUUGAUUUAUCAGGGCAGCGGGCACCUUUGUGCCCCUCAAUGUAUUCUGAAUUUUCUCAGUAACUGCAGGAUAUUUCCUUAUGUAACAGGUGACGUAUUUUUAAAAAUCACUGGCAAAUUGUGACAAGAGGAUUUCUCAAAGACGUCCUGCCAUUUGGAUUUUGUUUGCCUAUGUGCCAUUCUGUACAGUCAAUUACACUCCUUGUAAUUUCACUCUCCUUUUCCUGUUGUACUAGCUGACAAACUUGAUGAUGUUUUUGUUUGUUUAUUAGACCUGGGGCAUAUUUGUGUAACAAAACAGGUUCAUGUUGGCUGGGAGUGUAAAUAUAAACCUUGAUCACAAACCUUCAUGAAACUUAGAAAUAAUGUACAUACUGUAGGUAGAAAUGCCAUCAUUAAAUUUCAGCAAUAUAAUUUAUGAAUAAGCCUUAAUUGAUGUGUCAGUAAAUUCAAAGUUUGUGUUAUUAACGGAGGCUCCAUGUCAAAUCUAAAUUCUUUUCCAUUGUAGAUUUUCCCAUUUUUAAGUUUGCGUGCCAUUGUCAGAACGUAGCAGAAAGCGGGUGAUAUUUCAGCUUGAACUGCACGCUUAUUACAUGUAUUACAUUUGUUGCUUAAAAAAAUUGAAUGUAAUGGCAAUUUUGCUUUUAUGACAAUAAUACAAAUGAGUUGAACAAUAGAGGUGAUGUUUAAUAAUAAAGGAUGAAAUCAAUUUUCCAUUUAAAUGGGAAAACUCAAGAAGUGACUUCAAAUAAAGAAACAUUUGAACCGG